AUGAAGUCAUCAACAAGGACAAAAUCCAAUGACAAACAACGCAAGUUCAACCUGCUGCUUGUGGCGACCUUACUCUGGCAUCAAGUUCCAAAUGGAAAUGCCUUUGCCCCCACUUCGCUGCUGAACAACAACCACUGUCAUGGGCCAAGCUGUUUUCCGCAAAAAUUUCGACCCACGGGCUUGAAUCAAGGACGACCUUUACCAUCAAUAUCAUCAUCAAGACGGAAAAAGUCCACUGUCCAACUCCAUUACCAUCAUCACAUUCACUCGCUACUGGACCCUGUUACCCAAGGAAUCGCUACAGUGGUAGCUGCAGGAAGCGCCAAGUUUCUGUCUAGAUGGAGAACAUACUCUUUGAUACCUUUCAUUGCGGGCAUUGUGGGAUGGGUUACCAACUAUUUGGCUGUCAAAAUGAUUUUCUAUCCCAUCAAAUGGAGAGGUAUACCGUUAUGGACGGCAAGAUCAUCAUCAUUAUCAUCCUUGGACACGACAACUCACAGCCAAAGUGAUGAUGGAAUUGGACCAGCCCUAGGGCUCGGAUGGCAAGGGAUUGUCCCUGCCAAGACGGCGAAAAUGAGCGAAGCAAUGGUCAAUGCCACUGUCAAACAACUCAUCAAGAUGGAAGAGAUUGUACAAAGGUUGGAUCCACAAGUUGUGGCCGAUCUACUACUGCCACAGGCACCCAAAAUAUUAGGACCACUCGUGGAAGAUCUCUUCUUUCGCAAUGCUACGGAUGCUGCAUCCAACGACAGCGACGGCAGCAGCAGCAACCAGAACAACUCCCCCCUUCGAGAGUGGGUUUUGAAACUUGCCUAUACUCCUGGACCGGUUCAGGAACGGUUCUGUCGCACCUUUCUGAUUGCCGUCACAAAAGACAUUCAACGAUAUGUCAACGAAGUACUCAAUCUACGCAACUGUGUGGUAAAUCAGACCAUGGCGGAUAGGUCACUCUUGGGGAAACUAUUUCAGAUUGCAGGUCGAAAAGAGCUGGCAUUUCUGGUGGACAGCGGUCUAUGGUUUGGCUUCUUGCUGGGGCUGAUUCAACUUUUUGUGUCACUGGUGUCAGACAACCCGUGGACACUCAGCUUUGGUGGCCUCGUCGUUGGUCUCGCUACCAAUUGGUUGGCCCUGAAAUGGAUCUUUGAACCGGUCAAUCCAACUCACAUUGUGGGUAACCUCUACCUACAAGGACUUUUCCUUCGGAGGCAAAAAGAAGUCUCGGCAGACUUUAGCAACUUCUUUUCCACCAAAAUAUUGACAUCCGAACAGCUGUGGCACUCCAUUCUAACAGAUCCAUCCACUGCACCAACCUUUGAAAGCAUCUGGGCAACAAAUCUAGAAAAAAUGGCCUUAUCCGAAACUCGGGGCCUCAUCGAGUUUGAAAAAGCUGAUCUCCAAUUCGCGUCGAAAAGAGCCACAGCACGAAUCUAUCCGCUUUUGGCGGACUUGCAUCCCUAUGUCGACGAAGCACUCGAUAUUGAAACAACACUACGAACUCGAAUGAUGGGUAUGACAUCCGAGGAGUUUGAAAGAGUCUUGCACCCAAUCUUUGAAGAAGACGAGAUGACCCUGAUUGUCGCAGGUGGUGGGCUUGGGUUUGUUGCCGGUCUCAUCCAGCAGGGCCUGGCGGUGGGAACCCUACCGCUGUUGCCGCAAUGGCUCCUCAACGGCCUGGCUACUGGAGGCAUUGCGGUUGGAGCGUACUCGAUAUACUUUGCGUCGCGAACCAAACUCGACACCUUCAGAAGACGGAUCUUCAAACGGUUGAGGGACCCCUCCAAAGUUGCAUUUGAUGCAAUUGACAGCAACGGUAACGGCUACCUGGAGCCCCGCGAAAUCUCAAGAGUGGCUCAAAUUCUGGGGAUCGAUCUUUCCGAAGAGGAGCUGUCGCAGGCUUUCGACGAGCUAGACCAAAACCACGAUGGAAGGGUCAGCCUGGAAGAGUUUGAAGAUUGGUGGAACAAUGAUCUUGGGACAGACUUUCAUCGCAAGCUAGCCAAAGAACUUGGGCUUCUGAAGAGACGAAGCAGGACACGACGAAAGUGGUCGAGGAUGAAACAACGUCUCAAGUAUCGUUCGUCCUUGGGAUCCAUGUCGUAG